UCUCAACCCAUCCACGAGUCAGCCGCCCGUCCGGGAUACGGUCUGGCCGAGCUUAGCUCGCUCAGCGCGCACGAAAUGAGCGGAAUUGUUGCCCCACAACCAAUACGGGCGGGCGGCCUCUCGACUCCUGCUGCGGCGGCGUCGGGCUCGGCCCUGCCCUCCCCGAGCAUACGAGGCAAGAGCGCGCCGAAGUCUCCCAAACCGAAGAGUCCCAAGUCUGGCCCGCCUUCACGGCCCCCAUCUCGCACUGAGCGCCGCUUCGCAUGCACCUUUGCCGGCUGCGAUAAGGCGUUCUUCAAGCCGGCGCGCCUGGCGGAGCACAUGCGCACCCAUACCGGCGAGCGGCCAUACGUCUGUGAGUGCGGGCAGAGCUACCGCCGCGCCACGCACCUCACCGCCCACCAGCGUACGCACAAGAGCGAAGCAGACAAGACGUUUGUCUGCGCGCGCGAAGGGUGCGGGAAACGAUUCUGGACUGCCACUCAUCUGGCGCGGCAUCAGACGGCACACGACACCGCGGAAGUGCACGCUUGCACGCAGUGUGAGGAGUCGUUUCCCAAAAGUCACCUUCUUCGCGAGCAUGCUGCCGCUGCGCACAUGCCGGCGGGGAGCAAGCCGUGGCCAUGCACGCACGAGGGAUGCGGGCGAAGCUUUGACACAAAGCAAAAGCUGAGGGCACACGAGAAGACACACGAUCCUACGCGCUACACCUGUUCGCAUCCUAUUCAUGGGCUGAACAUGCCCUCGUUCCCCGUCUGGUCCGCGCUGCAAACACACAUCCGGGAGGCGCAUCCGCCGACAUGCCCGCACGCCGAGUGCGAGGGGCGCCCUUUCAAGAACGCCGGCCUACUCCGACAGCAUCUGCGAGUGCAUGCCGAGCGUGAGGCAGACCUUGCCGCCGGGCGCGACCGGGAAGAAUCGGCGGACCUGCCGCCGGUGCUGGCGGAAGCGUCGACGCGGAGGAAGAAGCGCAAGCUCAGCGCCAUCUCCGAACGGGAAAUAGCGGCGCUCAAAGCGGAUGGCACUCUUCUGCCUACAGCGCCAUCGGGCGGCUCAACCCCAGCAACGCCAGGCACACCGAAGAAGCUCCCACGCAUCCUUGCGGGGGAAGCCGGCAAGGACUGGACGUGCGGAGCGCCCGGAUGCGGGGCGCGUUUCAAGAGCCGUUUUGCGCGCGAUGAGCACGCGCAAGCGGCGCACUCGAGCGGGCGGCAUAAGUGCGACGUGUGCGGGCGCUCAUUCCGUCGCCCAGUGAGCUUGAAGCGGCACCAAGCCGGCGAGUGGUGCGGUAAGGACGAGCCUAGUGGGGGUUCUACCCCCAAGCGCACGCGCAGCGCCAACCUCGACGCUAUAUCCGCAGGCGAUCUCCUCACGGGCAGCGCGACGCUUCCGGGCGGCGUGCUACAUCGCCGCUGGGCAUGUCCAUACGUUUAUCAGCUUCCAGAGGGUGAAGAGGAAGGCGGAGGAGAGGCAGGGGCGAGUGAGGAGGAGGACACGAAGGACGGGACGGACGACGGUAAGCGGUACACGUACUGCUCUGAGCGAUUCCAUCGCGUGUACGAUGUGCGUCGGCAUCUGGCGGCUGCGCACCAGAUGGUGUUGAGUGAUCUUGCGACUCGCGAGAUGUUGCUGGCGGAUGGACAAACGGGCGAGGAUGAUGAGACGCAAUAGACUUAUGGUUCAGUUGUAUUGUUGCUGUUGGUAUUCGUGCCAUGUACUUCUUGUUGUGGGG